UUCCGCUCACUUUAAAACUGAACUUGGCGUCACGCUGCGAAGCGAAACUUGCUGACCGCGUCUGGCUUCAUAAAACGGCUCGUUCUGCUCGGGAAUCUUCGUUGUUUUCCGCUUUUUUUUGUCGCUGACUUCGGCAGCCAGAGUCCACGAUGUCCGGCCACGGCCACGGUCACGGCCACGGCCACAGCUGCGGGUCGGAGGGGCAGCAUGAGCCCGCAGAGAGGGGCCUGGAGUUCGGUCUGUACCAGCGCAUCGACCUGGAGAAGCUGCAGUGUCUGAACGAGAGCCGAGACGGAGACGGGAGGCUGGUGUUCAAGCCGUGGGACCAGCGGAACCUGCGAGACAAGUACGUGGAGAGCGACGUGGAUGAAGAGCUGCUGUUCAACGUCCCUUUCACCGGCAGCGUGAAGCUGAAAGGCAUCAUCAUCUCUGGAGAGAACGACGACUCUCAUCCGGCUGAGAUACGGCUGUACAAGAACAUCCCGCAGAUGUCGUUCGACGACACCGGCAGGGAACCCGACCAAGCCUUCAGACUCAACAGGGACCCCCAGGCUGAGCUGGAAUACCCCACAAAGAUCGCCCGUUUCUCCAGCGUCCAUCACCUCUCCAUCCACAUCUCCAAGAACUUUGGAGACGAGAACACCCGGGUGUACUACAUCGGCCUCCGGGGGGAAUAUUCAGAGGCUCACAGACAUGAAGUCACCAUCUGUAACUACGAGGCAGCAGCCAACCCGGCGGAUCACAAAGUGGAGAGCAUCAUCCCGCAGACUAACUUCAUCUCCUGAGAGCAGCAGGAGGAAGAGGAGGAGGAAGAGGAGGAGGAGGUUUAUGAGGCGUUUGCUGACCCUCCAGAAGUCAAAGAUGAGUUUGGCGCUGCGUUUGGGCAGCGAGGACGAGUCUGAGUGGGAGCGAGCACUAAAAUCGUGAAAAGCUGGUGUUUCUCUGCUGUUUCCAUGGCGCCGUGGCAUCAAGGCUCAGUGAAACUGGCAAAGAUGCAUGAAAUGUUGUGCUUUUUUUUUCUCUCUGCGAAGAAAUCUGCUGCUGGAUGAAGUAAGGAAAGCAGGACAAGGGUCAGUUUUCUGCAGACCGGCACUUCAUCAGAUUUAGAUCCUGAACAGCUUUGCUUGAUUCAGCGUUUCCACACGUGAAGGCGAUGCGGACGCAGAGUGGUCCUUGAUGCUCGAGCUGUUUUCGACUUUUCUGCUGCUCAAAACUAAUAAAAAAUGGCUGCAAUAAAA